UUUUGUACGAAUAGUUCUCAGGAUAACUUUCAAUUAAAAACUAGAGAGGCUUAGAAACUAAUUAAUUGUAGUUUUGAUUUAUAGCUUUUAUGUAUAAUGUGUAGAUAAAUAGAACAAAUUGAACUUAAUAAAGUGUCAACUUUUUAUUUUAUUUUUUUUUUAUUAAACUAAUUGUUUAUUAUGGUGUAUAUCAGACAUCAGUCUACAAAUAAUUAUAAAAACCGCAUCUAAAAAAAUUAUUUAAAUAAUAUUCAUAGCAUUUUUUACACCAUGAACAGGUUUAUAACAGAUAACGAAAGUGAGAUAAAACGGUCUUUGAAUCCAAAACAAAAUGCAAAUAUUUUUGAAUCUAUUACAUACAGCUGGAUGUUAAAUCUGUUCAAAACAGGAAAUAAUAGGGAUUUAGAUGAAACCGAUUUGUAUAUGACAUUGGAAGAUCAGAUAUCAUCACCAUUAGGUGAUAAAUUAGAAAAUGAAUGGCGAUUAGAAUUAAUCAAUGCAUACUCUACAAAACGUAAGCCUAGUUUGCUGAGAGUUUUGAUUAAAAUAUUUGGCUGUAAAUAUUUGUUAAGUGGGUUGGUAUUCGGUUUCAAUGAUAUUUUUUUUAGAUGGCUCACUGCAAUAGGAAAUAAGCUACGCAUUAAAUGGCGGGUGCCGUUAUGAGUCGUUGCGGACUGUCUCUAGUUGUGGCGGGUGCCGUCAAAAUCGCUCUAGUAGAUCACAGGAGUGGGGAUCAGUUGAAACCACUUUGCGAUAGUGACGGACGUCGCCGCCUCGCCGGUCGCGUACCUGCGCCAUUCCCGGCAUCGAAUGGCAAUUUAUGUUAUAUUGCUAUAAUAUUAUAUUUGUACUUUUAAAAUAUAAUUAUUGUACUAGAAGCGCCCGGCGGUGGUGUAGACUGCGAAGCCGCCAAAGCACUACCGUCGAGUGACGCAUGCAAGUCGGAUUAAGGGCCCCCCCGGCUAAACAGGCCCCCCAAAAAAUAUUAUAGACUUGCAGCUUUUCUACAAUUAUGGUCAUACAAUUAAAAAAAAUUAUUUAACAAUAUUUAUUUAAAGAUAUAACUUAAAAUAUUAAUUAUUUGAAAUAAUCGUUUGUGACAAGUUACAACCAUGUUAUUAAAUGUUAUUGAAAAUGUA